AUGUCGUCUCUAAGUUUUUCUUACUCUGCAAUUCCAAUAAAAUUUCCUGCCCACUCACAAUUUGUAUAUGAAGGAAGCAACAAAUGUUACAACUUGAACGACGCAAGCUACAAGCUGUAUGUUGUAGUUGCUGACAGAAGAAAGAGUCCAAAGGGUAGUGAAUGUUCUUGCCGAACAGUUCAGUCUUACGUGCAUGCGACUCCAUAA